CUCCCGCCCCUCUCUCUCUCUGUAGGUGAUCCAGGCGGUGUUCUUCGGUCUCUGUGUCCUCAUCGAUGUCUCCAGUCUGCUGACUAAGGGCGGCGACAGCAGGGAGCAGGAGCGUCAGCUGAGGAAGCUGAUUGGCCUGAGGGACUGGAUGAUGGCUGUGCUGGCCUUCCCUGUCGGAGCGUUUGUGGUGUUUACCUUCUGGAGUCUGUACCUGUACGACAGAGAACUGGUCUACCCCAAACUACUGGACAACUUCAUCCCUCAGUGGCUCAAUCACGGCAUGCACACUACUGUUCUUCCUUUCAUCAUCAUCGAGAUGAGGACCACCCACCAUCGCUAUCCCAGCAGGUCUUCGGGUCUGGUGGCGGUGUGCUGCUUCGGCGUCGGAUACAUCCUCUGGACGUGUUGGGUGCACGAGGUGACGGGCGUGUGGGUGUACCCGGUGCUGGAGCGCAUCACUCCGCUGGCUCGGGUCGCCUUCUUCAGCGCCAUGACCGCGGUGAUCUGUGUUUUCUACACGCUCGGAGAAAUCCUCAACAGCUACAUCUGGGACAAGCAGCAGACAGAUAAAGUCAAAGGUGAGUGACCGUCUCUCCUGUCUGUGUGGGCAUGGAUAAGCCCCGCCUCCAGAAGAGGACGAGCUAAGCCCCGCCCACCCAGGACAGCACAAGAACAGGAAAAACAAGCGACCUCUCCCGGAAGUGGAAACAACAAUAAUCUUUGAACUUUACUCAUAACAAUAACUUAGACAAAGACAGAAAAUCCUCUCUUCAUUUUUUUUUUUUUUUUAUGUUUUGUUGUGUCAUAGGUUCAAGGUUGUGUCGGCGUUUGUGUUGUGGAGGACUUUGGACAAACGCACAAAACAUACAUUGACUCAUAAUGUGAACAUAUUAACAGACACGCUGUAUUUGUAAAUGAAGGAUUUCUUUCAGAAGCUGCAGCAGAACGUCAUUAUUAUUCAUCUCAUGAGCGACACUACAUGUACGGAGGAAACUUGAUGUUGGUACAAAAUCAAUAAAGUUUGAGUGGAAAAUGUU